AUGAACUGGCUGGGAGGUAUUUUCUCGUUUCUGUUGGUGUUGAUCGGUGUGAAUUGUGCGGAGCUUGAUAGUUUCCCAAUCAACGAUCCCCUCAAUGAGCCAUGUGAACGGGGAAAAUUUCGUUGUGCUGAGGGGGAGUGUAUUCCGAGUCGUCUUCGAUGUGAUGGGAAAAAGGAUUGUUUCCUUGGUGACGACGAGGAUUGUCCAAAGGGGAUUUCAAGCUGCAAAGCCUCCGAAGUCGCGUGUGGCAAUGGGAUUUGCAUUCCGAAGACACGCGUCUGUGACGGGAAAAUCGAUUGUGUUGAUUGGACUGAUGAGGUGGGUUGUGGCAGUACUCCGCGCCUCUUCAAGACAACCACCCCAACCACAUCCACCACAACGCCUUCAACAACCGCUCCACCUCGUGGGACACUGAAACAGUUUUCCCAAAGUGCACCAAAUGUUAAAGGAUUUGAAGUGAAACCUGCUUGCAAAUCAAACUUCUUUCCAAUCAAGAUCGAUCGCCCGAAUCUUCUCCUUUUUCUCAUCGGUCAACUCCUCAUCAUUUUGAUUAUUUUCUGGCUUGUCAAAGUGAUUUGUAUUCGCAAGAGAUUCUCGAAAACCACCGACGGACUCACUGCCAAGCUCUACCCAACCCUAGAAACCGAGGAUGGAAAGGCUAACAAAGCUGUUGCC